AUGUCGGGCUUCGACGAGGGGAGGGUAACAUGGAGCGAUCAAGGACUGGCGGAGGACAGCAGGUCCUUCGGAGUCGCCGAAUUUCAAGACUUCAUCCGGCAGUUCCAGGUGGGGGACGAGUUCCCUUACAGAGAUCAGCUGAAGAAGAACACAAACAUGCACGAGUACCGCCUGGAAGUGAACCUGGACGAUCUCAUGACCUUCAACCCCAAGCUCAACGACGCUCUCCGGGAGAAGCCAGCAGAGCUCAUGCCGAUCUUUGAGAGGGCCGCGAGAGAUGUGUACGCUUCCAUGCUUGUGGGUAGGCGGGAGGAGGGCGACACCCCACCAGACGUUCAAGUCAUCGACUACUCGAAGCUGGUGCACAUUCAAGGCAUCGUGAUAUCAGCGAGCAAACCCCGCGUCAAGGCUACGAUGAUCACUCUGCAGUGCAAGAGCUGCAAGAAGCUUGUCAACGUGUUGGUCAAGCCUGGCCUGCAUGGCUGCAGCUUUCCAAGGGCGUGCGAGGGAAAUCCCGGGGCAGACUUGCAGCAGAAGUGUCCUCUAGAUCCCUUCCAAGUCCUCUCCGACCGCUCCAAGUAUGUAGACCUGCAGACCCUGAAGAUCCAGGAGCUACCGGAGCAAGUGCCGACGGGCGAGAUGCCCCGACACAUCACGGUGACUCUCGACCGUCACCUCGUCGGUCGAGUGGUUCCUGGUGCCGUCAUAUCUGCUGCGGGAAUCUUCACCAUCCUGAACCAGAAGCCCCGGCAAGCCAGUGCUUCCUCGGUUCGAGUGCCGUACCUGAGAGCUCUUGGAAUCAUGGAAGUGAGCGGAGUAGGAGGAAGAAUGACGGAAUCGGACUUCACGCAGGAAGAGGAGUCCAAGUUUCGCAGCAUGGCAGCAAGCCCAGACUUCGUGGAGAAACUGCGCGGGAGCAUUGCCCCCUCAAUCUUCGGGCACGCGGAUAUCAAGAAAGCUCUUUGCUGCCAGCUGUUCGGUGGCUCCAGGAAGCUCCUGCCCGAUGGCGGCAGGCUGAGGGGAGACAUCAACGUCCUCAUGCUUGGAGACCCUUCCACGGCAAAGUCUCAGCUGCUCAAGUUCAUUGAGAAGGUUGCUCCGAUCUCCGUCUACACCUCCGGCAAGGGAAGCAGCGCAGCGGGUCUGACAGCGUCGGUAGUGAAGGAUGCAAACUCUGGGGAGUUCUACCUGGAGGGAGGAGCGAUGGUGCUGGCCGAUGGAGGGGUCGUGUGUAUCGACGAGUUCGACAAGAUGAGGCCGGAGGACCGAGUCGCCAUCCACGAGGCCAUGGAGCAGCAGACGAUCUCUAUCGCAAAGGCUGGCAUCACCACCAUGCUCAACACCCGAACGGCCGUGCUGGCCGCAGCCAACCCAACCUUUGGACGAUACGACGAUAUGAGGAGUGCCGUGGACAACAUCGACUUUCAGAGCACCAUCUUGUCUCGCUUCGACUUGAUCUUCAUCAUCCGUGACGCGAGGAAUGAGGAGAGGGAUCAGCGAAUCGCAAGGCACGUGAUGUCCCUGCACAGUGGAAGCAGCGUGCAGCAGGUGGAAGGAGAGAUCGAUCUCAAUACCAUGAGGAGGUACAUCUGCUACGCGCGCACCAAGUGCUCCCCUCGGCUCUCGGAGUCAGCAGCCAAGCGCCUCCAGGACGAGUACAUCAGGAUCAGGCAGCGGUACGCACAGGAAAGCUCGGAAGGAGCCCCCGCGAUCCCCAUCACAGUCAGGCAGCUGGAGGCUAUCAUCCGCAUCUCAGAGUCGCUGGCAAAGCUGACCUUAUCUCCCCUAGCGACGGAGCGCCAUGUGGAGGAAGCAGUCCAGCUAUUCAAGGAGUCUACCGAGGAUGCGGCGAGCAAGGGGCUGAUGAUGGAGGGGAUGACGAGCCCAGCGGUGAUGGCUGACGUGCUCAAGAGCGAGAAGGCGAUCAAGGAGCGGGUUGGCAUUGGCAUGUCUGUGCCAGAGCGAUCGCUCGUGGGGGAGCUGAAGGAGCGAGGGCUGUCGGAGGGAGCUGUGCGAAAGGCUAUCAGUGUUAUGCUCCAGCGGCAGGAGCUCGAGCUUCGGUCUCAGGGGAAGUACAUCUGCAGGAGGCGCUAA